AGAGGAAACUUUGUGGAGACACAGCCCGGAGUGUGCCGGACGUGACUGUCCCAAACGUGACUGUCCCGGGACAAGCGGCCCGGGAAGGGCCGAAGACACAGCCUGAAGAGACCCAGGAAGAGGAAAAGAGGAGGUGAGCGGGGCGCCUCCUCCUCUCCGCCGGCAGCGCAGCGCGGAAGAGACCCGGUGGCCGCCUGGUUGAUCGGCUCGAGCGCUGCUGCUUCCUCAGUUCCGCGCCGGAGCCUUCCGCAGCCGCUGUCUCCGUCCGGAGGAGGAAGGGAACCAGCCCGCCUGUCUGCGCCGCCGCUCUGCUCUAACGCGAUUACUUCCUUAGGAUAGCUUGCCAGAAGUGGAAUUACUGGGUCAGAGGAAUGUGAAAGCCUUUGCAUCUUCUGAUAGUCUGGCCAAGGUUCAGGAAGUGGCAAGCUGGCUUUUGGAAAUGAAUCAGGAACUGCUGUCUGUGGGCAGCAAAAGGCGACGGACAGGAGGCUCUCUGAGAGGUAACCCUUCCUCAAGCCAGGUGGAUGAGGAGCAGAUGAACCGGGUGGUGGAGGAGGAGCAGCAGCAGCAGCAGCUAAGACAACAGGAGGAGGAGCACACCGCAAGGAACGGUGAAGUUGUGGGAGCAGAACCUAGAUCUGGAGACCAGAAUGAUUCCCAGCAAGGACAAGUGGAAGAAAACAAUAAUCAGUUUAUUUCAGUAGAUGAGGACUCCUCAGGAAACCAAGAAGAGCAAGAGGAAGAUGAAGAACAUGCAGGUGAGCAAGAUGAGGAGGAGGAAGAAGAGGAGGAAAUGGACCAGGAAAGUGAUGAUUUUGACCAAUCUGAUGACAGUAGCAGAGAAGAUGAACAUAUACAUAGUAACAGUGUCACAAACUCCAGUAGUACUGUGGACCUGCCCAUUCACCAACUCUCCUCCCCGUUCUAUACAAAGACAACAAAAAUGAAAAGAAAGUUGGACCAUGGUUCUGAGGUCCGCUCCUUUUCUUUGGGAAAGAAACCAUGCAAGGUCUCAGAAUAUACAAGUACCACUGGGCUUGUACCAUGUUCAGCAACACCAACAACUUUUGGGGACCUGAGAGCAGCCAAUGGCCAAGGGCAACAACGACGCAGGAUUACAUCUGUCCAGCCACCAACAGGCCUCCAGGAAUGGCUGAAAAUGUUUCAGAGCUGGAGUGGACCAGAAAAAUUGCUUGCUUUAGAUGAACUCAUUGAUAGUUGUGAACCAACACAAGUAAAACAUAUGAUGCAAGUGAUAGAACCUCAGUUUCAAAGAGACUUCAUUUCUCUGCUCCCUAAAGAGCUGGCACUUUAUGUGCUUUCAUUUCUGGAACCCAAAGACCUGCUACAAGCAGCGCAGACAUGUCGAUACUGGAGAAUUUUGGCUGAGGACAACCUUCUCUGGAGAGAGAAAUGCAAAGAAGAGGGGAUUGAUGAACCAUUGCACAUCAAGAGAAGAAAAGUAAUAAAGCCAGGUUUCAUACACAGCCCAUGGAAAAGUGCAUACAUUAGACAGCACAGAAUUGAUACAAACUGGAGGCGAGGAGAACUCAAAUCUCCGAAGGUGCUGAAAGGACAUGACGAUCAUGUGAUCACAUGCUUGCAGUUCUGUGGGAACCGGAUAGUUAGUGGUUCUGAUGACAACACUUUAAAAGUUUGGUCAGCUGUCACAGGCAAAUGUCUGAGAACGUUAGUGGGACAUACAGGUGGAGUCUGGUCAUCACAGAUGAGAGACAAUAUCAUCAUCAGUGGAUCUACAGACCGGACCCUCAAAGUGUGGAACGCCGAGACUGGGGAAUGUAUACACACCCUGUAUGGGCACACUUCCACUGUGCGCUGUAUGCAUCUCCAUGAGAAAAGAGUUGUCAGUGGUUCUCGAGAUGCCACUCUUAGGGUUUGGGAUAUCGAGACAGGCCAGUGUUUACAUGUCUUGAUGGGUCACGUAGCAGCAGUCCGCUGUGUUCAGUACGAUGGCCGGAGGGUUGUCAGUGGAGCGUAUGAUUUUAUGGUGAAGGUGUGGGAUCCGGAGACUGAGACUUGUCUACACACGCUGCAGGGGCACACGAAUAGGGUCUAUUCCUUACAGUUUGAUGGCAUCCAUGUGGUGAGUGGCUCUCUUGAUACAUCAAUCCGAGUUUGGGACGUGGAGACGGGGAAUUGCAUACACACAUUAACAGGGCACCAGUCAUUAACCAGUGGAAUGGAACUCAAAGACAAUAUUCUUGUCUCUGGGAAUGCAGAUUCUACAGUUAAAAUCUGGGAUAUCAAAACAGGACAGUGUUUACAAACAUUGCAAGGUCCCAACAAGCAUCAGAGUGCUGUGACCUGUUUACAGUUCAACAAGAACUUUGUAAUUACCAGCUCAGAUGAUGGAACUGUAAAACUAUGGGACUUGAAAACGGGUGAAUUUAUUCGAAACCUAGUCACAUUGGAAAGCGGGGGGAGCGGGGGAGUUGUGUGGCGGAUCAGAGCCUCCAACACAAAGCUGGUGUGUGCGGUCGGGAGUCGGAACGGGACUGAAGAAACCAAGCUGCUGGUGCUGGACUUCGAUGUGGACAUGAAGUGAAGAGCAGAAAAGGUGGAUUUUGUCCAGAUGUGUAGAGAUACACUCCCUGCCCUUCCCCCUGCGCAAAAAAAAAAAAAAAAAA